GACGAAAACGUCAUUCGUACUGUCAACACUCGGGUCACUCAAGCAAAAGGCCGCUAUUGCACCUUGAGCCAUUCAUGGGGUGGUGCCAAACUCCUCAAAACCGCGCUGGAUAAUGUGGAGAAAUUCUUGCUCAAGGGAAUCGAAACAAGUGAGCUAGAAAAUAGUAAAUUGAAAGAAGCCAUCCAGAUUUCCCGCUCCCUUGACGUCCGAUACAUAUGGAUCGACUCGUUGUGUACUAUUCAAGAUCCACCAAGGGACUUCAAGACAGAGGACGCAUUGAUGCGUAAUGGGUUUAGGAACUCUUACUGCAAUAUUGUUGCUGCGGGCUCGGAUGCUAGUAAACGAGGAGGAUUGCUUCGAGGUCGGGAGCUUGAUGCCCUUCUGGAUUCCUUCAUCUAUUCCCAAGGCUGGGUUUUCCAAGGCAAGUACUUCGUCGCCCUACCUACCCCUGCAUUUGGUAUAUCUGGGUCUAAAAUUUACCUUACAUUUACAGAACGUAUGAUCUCGCCUCGUAUCCUCUACUUCGCUAGAAUCCAGAUAUUCUGGGACUGUGGUACGAUUUCUGCCUGCGAGAGUCUGCCCUCUGGAUUCCCUCUCCUACUUGAUCACCUAGCUGCGACGGACUGGCACUGGAGAGGGCACUUAGCAUAUAACUAA